UUUCCGAGUAGGAUUUUCCAGUUAGUUUAUUUUUUCAUUCCGAGUCGGAAGUCGAAUGCAGAGCUAUAGCUCGGGCCGUGCGGCGGGCGCGUUCACGCUCACGCUCCAGUCACGGCGGCGCGCCGGUUGAACAUGGCGGACGUGGAAGAAGACGCGGCUCACGGCGCCGCUCAGUGCCCGGUGACGGUCACCGCGACGUCUCGACACGGCUCCGUUGUUCACACGGUAACGACGGGACCCCGCAUCGUUCGGAUUAUCAAGUCGGAGUCGGGCUACGGGUUUAACGUCCGCGGGCAGGUUAGCGAAGGCGGCCAGCUGCGCAGCAUUAACGGCGAGCUGUACGCUCCUCUGCAGCACGUCAGCGCCGUGUUACCCGGGGGGGCGGCGGACCGAGCCGGGAUAUGUAAAGGAGACCGAAUCCUGGAGGUGAAUGGCGUGAGUGUGGAAGGAGCGACACAUAAGCAGGUGGUGGAUCUGAUUCGAACCGGAGAGAAAGAGCUGGUGCUCGCUGUUCUGUCUGUGCCACCACAGGAAGUAGAUGGUCUCGACUCUGGAGAAGACAGCUCAGCUAAUCCGAAUUAUGACUACGGUGACAAGCAGGCUGUGCCCAUCUCCAUCCCCACCUACAAGCAUGUGGAGCAGCAUGGAGAAAGAUUUGUUGUAUAUAAUGUGUAUAUAUCUGGCAGACAGUUGUGCUCAAAGCGCUACCGGGAAUUUUCCAUCCUGCACCAGAACCUGAAGAGAGAGUUUGCCUCUUACUCGUUUCCCAAACUUCCAGGAAAAUGGCCUUUCUCUCUCUCUGACCAGCAGCUGGAUGCUCGUCGGAGAGGCCUGGAGGAAUACUUGGAGAAAGUGUGUUCAGUAAAGGUGAUUGGAGAAAGCGACAUUAUGCAAGAGUUCCUCUCUGAGUCAGACGAGAACUAUAAUGGUGUAACUGAUGUGGAGCUGCGAAUAGCACUGCCAGAUAAAACCACGAUUUCGGUUCGAGUGCGCAAAAACGGCACGACUGAGCAGGUCUACCAGGCCCUAGUGAUGAAGGUUGGCAUGGACAGCAUCAUGGCUAAUUACUUUACGCUUUUUGAAGUGAUCAACCAUUCCUUUGUUCGUAAGUUGGCCCCUAAUGAGUUCCCCCACAAGCUGUAUGUACAGAAUUACACGUCUGCAGUUCCAGGGACCUGUUUGUCUCUGCGCAAGUGGCUCUUCAGUUUAGAGGAGCAAGAGCUUCUUCAGGAGAAUCCUCUAGCUCUGCAUUACUGCUUCCACCAGGCUCAGGAUGAUGUAAAGAAGGGCUUCAUCAAAGCAGAGGAUAAGGCCUAUCAGCUCCAGAAGCUAGCCGAGCAGAGAAAGAUGGCCACGUAUCUGAAUUUGCUACGCACGUGUGAGGGCUAUAACGAAGUUGCGUUCCCUCACUGCUCGUGUGAUUCACGGAGGAGAGGUCAUGUGAUCGCUGCUGUCAGCAUUCACCACUUCAAACUGCACGCUUGCACCGAGGAUGGAACGCUGGAGAACCAGGUUAUAGCUUUCGAAUGGUCCGAGAUGCAGAGGUGGGACACUGAUGAGGAGGGAAUGGCUUUCUGCUUCGAGUAUGUACGAGGGGAGAAAAAACCUCGCUGGGUCAAAAUCUUCACUCCUUAUUUUAACUACAUGCAUGAAUGCUUUGAGAGGAUUUUCUAUGAGCUCAGCUGGAGGAAAGAGGAGGAAGAGGAGGCCUCAGACAAGGACAACAAGAAUUGCAAUGAAUACCUCCCUCCUUUCGAGCAGCAGAAGGGAUGGCACCACCUGGGGAAGGAAAUUGCCACAUCUUAAGAAGACCCUUCUCUAGACACCAGCAUAAACUGACCUGGACCACCAUACUAGAACAACAACAAAAAAACAAAACAACCCCCAUGUUACCAGGGCAACAACCCAGGCUCUUAUGAGCUGCAGAGGGCUCUAUAGUUUUGCCACCAUCUCCUAGGAAACUGAGAUUUAUUUGCAGGGUAACACACAUUUACAGCUAAAUAAGGAUUUUGUUGAAGAUGAACAAUACUUAAAUAUAUUGUGGCCAUGGCAUCAGUAGAUACUGUAUAUCUCCUUAUACAUUAUGUCUAAUAUAAAUGCAAAAAAAAAAAAUCUGCGAGCAGUCCUGGAAACAGGCUCUCGGCAUGUUUUCCCUCUUCAUCAUCAUUGCAGAAUAGUUACCGUGAUUGAGUCUCGAGUCCCAAGGCCACUACAUCUCGAGCCAGCAGAUUUGAAUUUGAACGACUGCAAUAGAAAACGAUUUUACUGCACUAAUCGAAAGCGAUUCAAUUCUCAAUUAGAGUUUGCUAAUAUUGAACCUGAGGUAACUAAAUUAGGUUCAAGGUUUGGAUAUAUCUGUAGUUAAAGCUAGUUUAAAGUUGACUUAAUCCUGAGUAAUGCUUGGUAAGUGGCUUGUCUGUUAGUGUCUCCUCAUGAAGCAUGUGGUUUUCUGAUAGCUGAGAAAAGGUGGUAUUGUUUGAAGGCAAGGCAUGGCAAGUAAAUUGCUUACAGCUUUCUAUUAUUACCUCGAGAAUUUUUGAAAGCCGGCAAUAAAAACAAAUCUGGACAUCGCUGAGCAACUGGAUGUUGAGGUGCAGUGCGCUUGUAUUCCUACAGGGGGCAGCAGUGCUACAUACCCAUGAAAAUCGAUCUUGGCUAUAAUAUUAACUGUGCAAGAAUAGAAAAGGUAAUGUUAACAAUUUUGUGUUGUAUUUAACUCAUUUUCAGUUCUUCACACCAACUUAUUUUUUGUGUGCGUCUGUACAGUAGCAUACGAGUGUGAGUCUGGGUUGUUUUAUACCUAUUGAGUGGUUAAAGAAGGAUGAUCCAGACUCUUCAGAGCAAUGGUUCCCAGGGGGUUCAGUAAUUCACCAUGAGCAGAGAAUUGCAUGCAGUGCAUUAAGUAUUUCAGGAGUGCAGCAAGAGGCUGAGAUUAUUAUAGAUGCACAAGCACUGUUUCAUCAAAGUACUGUUGCUAUGCCGAUCGUCAUAGAAAACUAAAGGCCACCUGAAUCUCCUGGAAACACCACAUAGUAUACAGCAGGUUUAUUGGGUAUGUAGAAUUAAAACAAGAUGCUUUUUUCCGAUAAGUAUUCCUUUCGUUCCUUUCUUCCUCCACACUUGAUGUCUGUGAAUCUGGGAGGCUGUGUGUUCGCUGUAAAAGUGGGUCAGUGUACAUGUCUGCUCCAUGGAGUUUUCCUCUAUAAAAAGACACAAAAUAGGAAAGAAGCCCUUCACCAUUUCAG